UAUGUCAGCGAACAUUAUGAUCCAGUUGAUAUCAAGUAUGUGGUGACUAGUUCACCGGUAUUUGUUUCUAGUGAGAUGGUAGAUAUUGAUGCUGGCCGGAUAGUGUGGUCAUCGCAUAUUGGAUCGCAAGUGAAUGAUGUGACAUAUGAGUUUAGUCAGAAAGAUUUGAUGGAAGGGAAGGUGUCAUACAAGGCUCCAAUCAUAGACAUUGGUUUGAAGAGAUUGAGUGUUGUGGUUUAUUUUCGAGUGUCAGAUGACGUUAGCCUUUUACUGGACCAAGAGUUCACCAUUGAGAUCGAGCCUGUAAAUGACAUGCCACCUGAAAUAGUCCAAGAUGAGCACAUUGUGCUAAAGGAAGACAGAAGUAUAGCUAUUACAUCUCAGCACUUAAGAGCUGUUGAUCCAGACACAAAUACAGAGUACCUUCAGUUUACUCUAACUCAAAGUCCUCACCAUGGAUUUCUUAGUCAUUUGCGUCAUAAACAGAAUCUGACAGUUGGUGAUAUCUUCUUUAUGAGUGAUAUCAACUCCCAGGAGAUUGUAUAUUAUCACAGUGAUGGAGAUGUUUGGAAGGAUCAAUUAAGCAUUAGAGUGAGCGACGGGCUUCAUGCUGUACUGGCUAUGCUACCCAUCUUAAUACAGCAAAGUGAUGAUAGACCUCAAGUUAUUGAAACAGUUUCUUAUAAUGUAUCACUAAGUGCAUCAAAGUCAAGGAUUUUGAUAGGACCUGACAACUUGUUGGUGUAUGACCCUGAUACUCCAGAUGACCGCAUAGUGUAUGCUUUGAAGGUAUCACUUCGAUUUGGGCAACUUGAGUUGAAGCAGUCACGAGGAAUUUUCAAGACAGUUACAGUCUUUACUCAGUCUAACAUUACAGGUCAUCAGGUUUACUUUCGUGUGAUUAACUCGCAUCUUCUAACAGCAAAUGUGACUGAGAGACUCAUAUUUAGAGUUGGAAAGGGAAUACGAGCGCGAGACAUUAGCUUUGAAGUAUUUAUCCCAAUACCACAAAGUCAAGCUUUGUCUGUAGUCAUGGCCAGUCCUUUCAAGGUGCAAGAAGCAAGUAGUCAGGCUAUUGAGAGGAAGCAUUUAGGUGUCAACGGGGCAACAAUUCGAUUGCGUGACAUUCAGUUUAGUAUUAGAGAAUACCCACAUUAUGGCAAUAUUUCUGUGAGAGGGUUGACUGGCUUAUCAGUUUUGUCAUUUACUCUAAUGGACAUUCAAUUAUUACAGGUGACAUAUCUGCAAACUCUACAUCAAGGAGUUGAACCAUUGAAUGACAGUUUUACUUUUGAUGUCACAGAUGGCAUAGCAAUACUGACCAACAUUCCAUUCAAUAUAACUAUCUCUCCCGUAGAUGAUGAGCCGCCUGUUAUAAUCAAAGGUCACCCAGGUCCAGUUGUUUCACGUAAAGAGAGUUUGACAAUCACUCCAGAUGUUGUUACGAUCAAAGAUGCUGAUAUAGGCUUUGCAGUUUCAGACAUCAAAAUUCAAUUGACAGUUGUCCCUCAACAUGGUUAUGUAUCUGUGCUGACAGAUAGAGAGGAAUUGAAACAUUUGAAAUUGAGAGAUUCCUUUUUUUUAUAUGCCCUUCAUCAUCUAAGGGUUGUGUACACACAUGAUGGAUCUUUAUCAUUGAGAGAUUCAUUUAAUUUCUCAGUGUCUGAUGGUUACCAUGUUGUUAAUGACUAUUUGGAGAUUACAAUCUUUAGUCCCAACACUCACAAACCUGUUAUUAUUAACAACACAGGUUUGGUUGUGUGGCAGGACAUGCUCGAAGUACCAAUUUCAUCAGUUAACUUAAGUGCAUGGGAUGAAGAUUCCUUGGCAGUGGAAUUGGUGUACACUAUCAUUAGCUUGCCAAUAAUUGGAUUAUUGCAGUUUCAAACUUUUCAAUUGGACAAGAAGUUGGUGAAAUCACUGCAGGAAGGUUCCCACUUUACUCAGGCUGAUAUUGAGUAUGGUCAUGUUUUUUAUGCUCAUGAUGGCCAGACUACUGGACUGGCUGUUGUAGUGUUUUCUCUCUCUGAUGGAAAGCAUCUAAUAAAACGUCAACAUUUUCAUGUCGGUGUGAAACCGGUUGAUAUGCAACCACCAGCUGUGGAUGCUAACAAUGGUUUCACAGUGAAGGCUGGAAUUGCUGGAAUUAUUACUCCAUCAAACUUGAGAGUGACUGAUAACAUUGUGCCUUCCACUGAAGUGACAUUUUUUAUUGUCAAUUCGUCUUCUCUGGGGUUCUUUUCUUUUGUGGGAAAUGUAGAUAAAUCAAUCGAUAAGUUCUCUCAGGCAGAUCUUGAUGCUGGUCGAGUAUCAUUUUACUCUGCUAGAGGUGUGCAGAGGUUAUCAGAAUUGUUUACUUUGAGUGUAUCUGAUGGAUCUAAUGAAAUCACUGUAAUUUUUCUUGUCCAAAUUAUUCCAGAUCCAAAUUUUCUUCCAAAACUUGUGAACAAGGGAUUGUCUAUAUUUAGCAAUGAAGAGAAAACAUUGGGUUCAUCUAGUCUGUCAUUGUUAGACACUGAAACUCCGCAUAAAGACAUCAUAUACACUAUUGUGUCACUACCAUUGUAUGGGCAGUUGAGAAUUUCUCAUGGGAGCGUCUGGAAAGAGGUAGUCGCAACUGGGGGGAUUUUUACUCAACAGGACAUCAUCAAUGGAGAUGUUAGCUACAUUCUUUUAGUUAAAGACAAAGUAAUCAGUAGGGACUCUUUUGUUUUUCGUGUGUUUGAUCAUGGAUAUUCCAACUACUCUCUUAAAUCUGACCGGCUAUCUCGACUCCAUGCGUUCAGUUCACAUCAAGUAUUCACAAUUUCAGUUAUUACAGUUGACAGACAACCUCCAUUUAUGGACAUCAACACUGGGUUUGACUAUCUGUUGAUUCUAGAGGGUGGACUAGUUGGUAGGCCAUUGUCUCGUUCUCAGCUGCAAGCUGGUGAUGAUGUUAGUGAUCACACUAAUCUUCGUUAUGUUGUAAAGAAGGCUCCAAAACAUGGAGAAUUGAGGAGCUUAGGAAGACAGCAAGUUUCUCACUUUAGGCAACAGGAUGUAGAUGAUGGGCUUGUUGUAUAUGUACUGAGAGAAAGGGACAUGACAAUAACACAAGACAGUUUCAUGUUCACUGUGAAAGAUGAACAGAAGAAUGUGCUGAAAGAUCAAGAGUUCAACAUUAGCUGGGUGUAUCUAAGUGUCUCUGCUGACAGAUUGAUAGUAGGAGAAAGAGAUGAAACAGUAAAUGUUACAGUGAGACGUAUUGGCAAUGCUGACAUCCCAGUGUCUUUUACAUGUAAGACUGAAUCCGGAACAGCAUUGGAGGCUUUGCCUGAUUUUCAACUGCAUGAAGGAAAGGCUGACUUCAAAGCUAUUUCCUCUCGGCAGACAAUUGAAGAAAGAGAAAUGUCUUCACAUUGUCUCAUUGCACUAAUCGAUGACAGCAAGCAUGAAGGAGCAGAGAUGUUCAGGGUGAAAGUGAUACAUUCUGUGUUUGCACAAGUUGGAGAGCCUUCUUAUGUGGACAUUACAAUCGUUGACCCAGAAGACGAGCCAGUUCUGUUUUUUGAUGUUGUAAGCAUGAAGGUGUCUGAGGAUAUUGGCAACAUGCAGCUGCCGGUAAAGAGAACAGGAGACCUGACAGAUGCAGUGAGUGUUGUGUGCUACACUGAGUCUGGAUCGGCUACAGGGAGCACUCCUCCAUACCUCUUGACAGGUGAUGAUUAUGUAACAAGAACAAACUCUCGACUCUCAAAGAUUGUGUUUGAACCUGGAGUGAGUGUAAAAUUUUGUUCAGUCUCAAUUUUAGAUGAUACCAUGACGGAGGGAUUAGAGACAUUCAGUGUGCAUUUGGCACCUCGUGGAAUAGGUGUAAAGGUGGAUCAGAACAGAUCAACUGUUGAUGUAGCAAUCAUUGGUCCUAAUGAUGAAUCUACAGUCCAGUUUUCUUCUUCAAAUUAUUGGGUGAAUGAGAGCAAUGGUGAAGUUAUCAUUACCAUCAAUCGUGUUGGUCCAGAUGUCAGUUUUUCAGUUGGUGUUUGGUUUACUACUAAGAAUGAUAAGCCAGCUUCAGCUCAACCUGACCAAGACUACAUUCAGCAAUCCAGACUUGUUGAGUUUUCUCCUGGUGUGACAGUGCAGACUGUAAGAGUAAGAAUUGUUGAUGAUGAUGUGGAAGAUGGCCGGCCAGUAUUGGAAGGACCUGAGAAGUUUAAUGUGAUGUUGGUUUCGGCAACUAGAGUUGGAAUUGGCAGUCCACAUGAAGCAACAGUUACUAUAAAUGAUUGGGAAGACACUGCCAUCGUGGGAUUCUCAGUUCCAACUGUUGUCACAGAUGAAGGUCCACUCUUGCAGUUGGAAGUGAUUCGGUUGGGAUCCACAAACUUCUUGACCAAAGUUCGCUGCUACACAAGAUCUGGGAGUGCUGAGAAAGGCACAGACUUUGCCGAUCGUCCAAACACAGACAUGUCAAUUAUCAAAUUUGAAAGAGGGGAAGUCAGCCAGAAAUGCUAUGUUGUUGUACUGGAUGAUGACUACUUGGAAGGAGAGGAAACAUUUACUGUGUUCUUGGAUAAUCUGAGUGAUGGUGCUCGACUUGGGUUGUCUGAAGUCCGUGUGACAAUUAGAGAUCCAGAUGAUGUUCCAUCGAUACAGUUUGAAUCAGCGACAGUGACUUGCAGUGAGCCAACCUCACCUAAUGAACGUGAUUCAAGCAUUGUCACUCUGGUCCUUCAACGAGUAGGAGACCUCAACUUGAGCAGCAGUAUUCGAGUUCAUACACAGGAUGGAUCAGCAAAAUCAGGAAAAGAUUAUGAGUCACUGUCUGAAAUAGUUACCUUCAAACAGUAUGAAAGGCGCACCACUGUUCGUGUAAAUAUUUUGUUUGACCAAGAGAGAGAAUUAGGAGAGACCUUUUUUGUUGUUCUCGUACUUCCUCUGUAUUCGGUAGAUGUGCAGCUGGGAAAUAAGCAACGAGUAUCUAUCACAAUUGCUGACUUUGCUCCAAGUGGAGUUAGCUUUUUGUUGAAGCCAAAGGUUCAGUCACUUUUUGAGUAUGGCAGUGCACUUGCCAGUGGUAGAGAAGUGUCUCCUGGAUACCCAGUCAUCUGCAUUUCGUCGUGUGAUCCUUGGUUUGGAAAUCCAAAGUCUCUUGAUCAUUGCACCAAGGAAAUGAUCAUUCACUCAAGGACACGGUAUAAGUGGGAGGUUGCUGAGCCUAAAUCAUCAUCUUUGUUUCGUGAAGUUGUCUUCUUGUCUUUAUUUACUAAUCAGUCUGGUGUGACUCUCGAUAGUGUUUACUUUAAGUCUGGUGGUCAGGUGAGAUGCUCAGCAACUCCAGUAGACUCUAAGGGAAUAGCUGGCAUAGAGAUGACAAGUCAAGCUGUCACGGUUAGUCAACAUGGUAUCUGUAACCCUGGGCACUCAACACAGUUGGAUCCUGGUGAGAUAGACACACGAAUGAAGUAUGUGGGUGGAACAGGUACUUUACAACCUGAAUCUGUUGAGACCGUGGUUCACCUUCCUCACAUUGAUGGCUACAUUCCUGUGAUAUCGACUCGUCCACUGGGAAGCUUAGCACUAGCAUUAACAAUUGCAGCAGCACGAUCUGAGCAUGUUUGUUCAAAUAUGGCAAUAGAGCCAGAGCAGAAAACUAUUUUUGGCUUUGUACAGCCAUUUAUACCUGGAACCGAACCAGCUGGUGUUGGAUUCAACUACCCCUAUCAGUUUGAUCCCCAAUAUCGUGAUGUUGCCAGUCUGAGUCUUUAUCAAUAUCUUGAUCUGGACCAGUGCCAAUGGAAAUUCCAAACAUGGUUCACUGUUGGUGAGCUUCUUAAUGACUGUGGAGCCCAGAUGAGUGAAGACACAGGAGAUGGAACAAUAACCAGUCCAUUGUAUAUUUCAUAUGUCCAUUUUUCAGCUUCAACUGUGUGGCGCUUUCUUAGUGAGACCUCAAAGUUGGUCUUUAGUCUUUCAUCUGCAGACUCAGAUGAUCCAACUAAAGAUGCGACUUUGCAGUCAGAAGUUUAUUCGGAUCAGGGGCAAAUUUAUACAACUCGUAUGUACAUUCGUCAGUCUGAUGGAAAGCUUGAAAUGCAUUUCUUGUCUGUUGCUUUGUUUCGUGGUCAAUUUGUAAUGUCUCAUUUACAUUCUGCUUACAAUUCACAUGUGGAAUCUCCAACUAAUUCAGUGAAAUUUGAAUUGGAGUUGCUGGAUACAGAACCAACUGUUCACAGAGUAAAGCAGAAGUGGAGGAUUGUUUCUGAGUAUAGUUUGCCAAAUUAUGUUGGAAAUUAUGGUCUUGUACUGGUGCCUUGCACUGUCGGAAAUCAUGUUCAAUGGUCUUCUCAGUUCAGUCAAAUUUGUGAGCCCGGGGAUCCAAUUGAGUUUUUUGUGAGAGUUGACUUUCAACAGACAUUAAAACCACAGCCGGUUUCCUAUGGACUAAAUACUGUAUUUGAAGUGUUGCAUAGUGUGGAGGACUUCUUGAGGUAUCCAUUGGUGAAUCAGGAUUCUUUAAAUUCCCAACCACAUCGAUCGUUUAGAAGAGGUGACACCAUUUAUGGACGAGCAAUGGUUGACCCAUCUCAAGAACUUCGCGAAGGUUUCUAUCUGUUAAUUGAGAAAGUCCACUUAUGUGCUGGUCGUGAUGGGUAUGUUCCAUCAUAUGAUCCAUCUAAUAAUCACUAUGGUUGUCUGGAGCCAUCUAUUGAGCUCGCGUAUCAUUUCAAGAUUUUGGAUCGUGAACACCCAGAUAGGGCUGACUUAACAUUCCAGUCAAUCCCAUUUGAAGCAGAAUUUGCAUCUGACAAUCCAUCCUAUAACCAACUGACCCAGCAGCAUGAUGACGAUGGCUUCACACUGAAAGUUGCACCUCUCUACAAAGUCAGUUCUGGCUACAGCUGGUACCUACAAGUUGUCUACAGCAUUAAAGGCAGUGGUGAUAGCACAAUGUCUCGAAGUCAAAGAGAAAGCCCAACACUAAUGUCAGACAACACACAACAAUUCACAGGUUUGGGCACUGCAAUACAGCAAAUUUCACUGCUUUAUGGUUCAGAUGAAAAUAGUAGUAAUACAGAAGUGGUUGUGGAAUCUACGAAAAUAGUACCUGCAGCUGCAAGCAAAGGAAGGGGGCCUGGGAAGGAUUCUAUCGCUUUAGCUGCUACACUAGGAAUCAUCAUUCCUCUGGUUGUUGCUCUUCUACUGGUUCUGUUGGUUCUUUUGUGGAGGUAUCAAAGAAGAGGAGAUGAAGGCAAGAACCAGAAUAAUGCCACACCUACAGAUGCAGACCACAAUCAGAAGAACCGUAAAGAGUCAGGGAUUUCCAUUCAACAUGGCAGUAACCCGUAUCUUUCAUCCUUCUUGCAUGUUUGCUCUGACAAUGAGAAUUUGAGUAUCAAUGUUACUGUCAUUGAUGAGAACAACAAGGAACAUUUUGCCAUUGAUAGUCAGACAGAAGACUGUGACAGUGAUGUGUCUAGUAUAGCAACUGACGAUCACUACUCUGGAGAUAUCAGUGACGACAACACUUCAUCAUACAAUACCCAGUUGAAAACAACAGCAGACAAACGGUUUGCAACCAAAGAACCAGUUUCGGAAGCUACAACACUUCAUUUAGCUGAUGAUAACCAUGUCACAACAUUAUGAUAAUAUUCCAUGUAUGUUUAAUGUCCCUUGAUGUCUUUAAUAGUGACCUCAUAUUGUAAUGAUGUCCAUAUGAGCUGACAGUUACUUUAACUGGAAGUGGUGCAACAUGUCGAUGCAUGGAACUCACCCAAUAUCACAAUGCUACUGUGCCUAAUUUGUACACCAAGUGAAUAGUCACUGGAUGGGUAUUGUAACAGAGUAGAUUAUAUAAAUGCAUGCACUGGAUUUUUGUAUAUUGUAAGAUUUGAUUUCAAUACCAUUAUGUUUACAUGUUUACAUAAAAUAAAUUUGUAAUAAUAAAACAUGAAAAAUUUCAA